UCUCACGUUCUUUCCAUCAUCCUGGGCCCUCAUCUCUGGCAUGGGCUCUGCACGGCCCAGGUAGCGGGGGCCCAGCUGGGGAAGCACCUUCUCCCUGCUUCCCUUCUCAGCCAAUCACAGUCCUCACAGGGACCACCGAGACUCUUGUUGAUGGCGAAGCCGGGGGAGCGCAUGGCGGGCUUGGAGGUACUGUUCGCGUCGGCGGCGCCGGCCAUCACUUGCGCGCAGGACGCUCUCGUCUGUUUCUUGCACUGGGAGGUGGUGACGCACGGCUACUACGGCUUGGGAGUCGGCGACCAGCCGGGUCCCAAUGAUAAGAAAUCAGAACUGCUCCCAGCCGAAUGGAACAGCAAUAAAGACCUGUAUGUCCUCCGGUAUGAGUCGAAGGAUGGGUCCAGAAAGCUCCUUGUGAAGGCUGUCACCGUGGAGAACAGCGUGAUCAUCAAUGUGCUGGAAUGUGGCUCACAGCAGGUAUCAGAUUUGACACUGAACUUGGAUGAUUAUGUCGAUUCAGAACACCUGGGUGACUUCCACAGGACCUACAAGAACAGCGAGGAACUUCGGUCUCGCAUCGUGUCUGGGAUCAUCACACCUAUCCAUGAGCACUGGGACAAGGCUAGUGUGAGCAGUCCCCACCGGGAGUUUCCCCCUGCCACUGCCAGAGAGGUGGACCCCCUUCGGAUUCACCCACAGCACCCUCACACGAGCCGGCAGCCUCCCUGGUGUGAUCCCCUGGGCCCGUUUGCUGUCGGGGGAGAGGAUCUGGACCCCUUUGGGUGUCGGAGAGGUGGCAUGAUCGUGGAUCCCCUGAGAUCUGGCUUCCCGAGAGCACUCAUUGACCCAUCCUCGGGCCUCCCAAACCGUCUUCCUCCAGGCGCUGUGCCCCCAGGAGCACGCUUUGACCCCUUUGGACCCAUUGGGACCAGCCCUUCUGGACCUAACCCAGACCAUCUCCCCCCGCCGGGCUACGAUGAUAUGUACCUGUGAAGGCCUCAAGAAUGUAACAUCCCAGCCUUCCCUCCACUCUCCUGGAGCUGCCGCCGCUGGCCCCGUCAGCAGCUGUGUUCUUGCGGUCUGGGGGCGAGGGACUCUGCCCAUGUGUUUGCAGGCUGGCUGGGAUUGCCUCCCCACCCCCUGUCAGAGCCAAGGCACCUGCUGCAGCUCUCCACCCGGCUGCGUAUAGGUCCCAAAGAGCAGUCUGUGUGUCUCUCUCACCACCAGCUCCCGCACACUUCUCAAGGGACACUCCGGCAACAUACACUCUCGGCCCGAUGCAGUCGCAGCUGCAGCGCUAUAAGAACAGAACGCAUUUUGGAUGUUAUUAUAAGAACCAAAUGUCAAUACAAAAAUCAUGCGGCCAGGC